UGGGAGCGGUAGAAUGGGCGGAGGCGGGGGCGGUUGUUAUGAUUGCCUCAUCCCUCAACCAGUUUCCGCUCAGUGUUUUUCUUAAUUUCACUUUGUUUCUCUGACUAUCGCUCAUUCAGUUUACUCUGAAUAUAAGAUUUAUGUACUUAAUAACAAGUUUCUGUCAACGUAUUCAAAUAUUUACGUUCUUGAUGGUGUAUAUAGAAAACUGAUUCAUUUAAAAGAGAACGUUGCUUAACUAGAUCAUUGUGAGCUAAACUUUACGUGUGGCUGGAGUAGGUGAAGGAGCAGCAGCGAAGCAGUGAGCCUGGCUGUGUACCUGUGUUGUCUCCCGCGCCAGUGGUGGACAGUGUGUGGUGGAGGUGACAGCACCAGCCACGAGCGCCUCUGUAUGCAUGUGUGGCAUUCUCUGUACAUCAUGUGUACAAGGCUUGAUACUACUCCACAUUGACGCACAUGUGAUCUUUUUACACGCGUUCUCUCGUCUAGUUCUUCGCUGGUGCUAGUUCUGUGUGCCUUAUUUACAAACCUCGGUACGUAAAGUGAAGUCCAAGUAUAGUAAAGAUUUCAGGAAGUGUGCCAGUGUUGUGAAGGAGGAUGUGUGAGGGCAGGUGUGUAUGUAGGUGCUAGUAACCACCACACCUGCACCUACACCCACUAGCAUGGCGGACCACGUUAGUGAGAGUCCAGGAUGGGUGGGCGGUCACGCCAUGGCUCCCAUCACCCUCGUGUCGCCCCAAGACAAAGCCGCCACCACCUGGCGCCUUCCUCGAGACCUGCGAUUAUUACCGCGACCUUCCUUCAGUGUCCCCCGCAGCGCCACUGUCACCUGUCGCAGCGUGAAUGGUGCGUCGCGCCGCAGGAGGCCAGCGGUGGCUGCGGCCUGGGGCACGCUGGACCCAAUGGGUCAAAUCACUACUAGUGUUGAGGGUGGCAAGGUGGCACCAGAGCCACCUCUGGUCACUGUGCAUGUUAAUAACGACAGUUGUGCAGCCUCUGGUUCAGAGGCCUUCUUUAACCUCACCCAACAUGGCGGCCGCCGGGGCACCGCUAUCUCACGCUCGUCUUCCUGUGUGUCAGCCCUCAGUCAUGGAUCUUAUAAGGUAUAUUCAUUAAAUCCGCCCAUACUAACAGCAGCCCAUGGUGUAGUGGGUAGAGGAGCAAGUAUAACCCACGGUGGGAGGCGGCUGGGACGGAGUUACAGUGUAGCUCCGGGGGACGGGUGUGUCUCCGGGGCAGGCAACGGGUCACGGGUGGCUGGCCGCCGACCCCAGAAACUACGACAGCACUUCUCGUUCUGUGGUGACCAUCACGUGUAUCAUCAGCACCAGCACCUCACCUUCCAGCACCACCCAGCUAAGUACAGGAAAACAUACGGUAUACUGGAGUACACAGAGAAAGGCUUCAGUGGUGCCAACGGAUGUGUCCUGCCUCGAAUGUCAACGACGGCACCUGUGUUGGCACAGCCAAGGCCACCCCUGCCAGCCGUAGCACCUGACAAGUGGCACCAGACUAGCCCUGACGGCACUGAUUGCAGGUGCCAGCCGUGCAGUCUAGGGGUAUUGGUGACCGCGGCUUACAAGGCUGUACUCAAGGCCGCCUCAAACUGUAUGUUCCGCAGAUACAAGGGCGAGUUUGAUCUCAUGUCAGCAAACGGUGAGUAUCUGAACAGUGCUUAAUUAUCUUCAUUUUUUAUGUCAGUUAACAUUGUAGUGCCACAUGAGUCGCUGAGUCAGUGACAGUCGUGGAAAACUCCAGGAAUCACGCUUUUAUU